AUGGUUGCUCCGUCGGACACGCUGAGGAGGCGUGUCAUCCGCCGCCCGCGCUACCGGAGGGAUGAUAUGAAGAUCGAGAUCCGGGACGACGACCACAAGGACAAGGAAAAGGACGAAGAUUCAUCUGACGAUGAGGACUCGCCCUCGCCCUCGAAAACGAAGUUUUCGGAAAACGCCCAGCCGACCCGGCCGCCGUCCCAGCAGCCGCCGCCGCCCGCCUUCAACCCGGCGGAUCCCACGCAAGCCAUCUCAUCCGCCGGUUCCUCGGACCAGCCCCAGCAAACCGCCGGAUCCUCCGUCACGUCGCAACCGGCCCCCGCCGCCUUUCCCCAGACCACGGCCGCCUCCGGUGCGCAAUCGACGAACGGUAUUAGUAGAGGAGGAAACGAGUCCGGGCUGGGACGUGACAGGUCGAACGAGGUGGGCUGGACGCCGACCGCCAUUGCGUUUGGAACCAUCGCCAUCGCGGCCCUGUGCCUCGUCAUCGGCGUCGGCAUCUGGUGGUUCCUCCGCUUCCGGAAACGCCGGAGAGCCCGACAGAUGCAAGAGCGCGGCAUGCCUCCCGACGGCCUCUACUGGGACCCGGCCAUGACCUUCUCGCCUCCGUCAGCCCCCUCCCGCCGGGCCCCUUCGAGCGUCAUGGCCGAACUCAUGGGUCAGGCAUACGCCGCCGAGAACGGCGGCUACUACGGCAACCCGGACCGCAACUCGCUCACCCCUCAGGGCUACCUCGACGAGAAGCGCGUCGACCCGACCCGACAGCUACCCAUCCUUGAGCCCGCCCCCGUCGCUCAGCCCAAUGUCCGCAACUCCAUCGCCAGCUGGAUCCGCCGCCACCACCCGCUCAAGCUGAACCCAAUGGGCGGCCGCAGCAGCGUCUACUCCACCCGCAGCGUCAGCCCCGGCUCCGGUCCCGUCAACGCAACUGCCCCACCCGUCCCUGCCGUCCCCGCCGCCUACCGGAGUACCGACCGAGUCGGUAGCCCCGGACCCGGCAACCCCAACAACCCGCAGUACGCCUCCUCCAGCCGGUACGACACCGACAGCCAGUCGACCCGCGACGACACCAACUCCAUCCUGUCCCUGUACCAGAACCGGCCCCCGCAUGAGCCCGACCAGCGGGAGCCAUGGCUGAUGGAGCCGCCCGCGCCGCUCUUCGCCCAGCGCGGCGUCUCCAUGGCCCCGACCGAGGUCACCGACCGGACCGACAGUACAUGGCGCACCUGGGGCGCCGGCGCCUCACGGCCCAUGAACCAGGCCCCCGCGGCCGAUGCCCCGCGCCCGGGGUGGAUCGAGAGAUGCAUCAAGUUCGGCGGCCUGAAAUGA